GGACUCGGCAAGAUGGACGGCAUCGAUGGCGUGGUGAAGGGCGUCGUGUAUGUCUUUGGGUUUGCCGCGACAGGAUGGAGUCUCAUGAAGUUUGUUUUGUCAGUGCCUCUGCGCGUGAGCGACACGUCCGUCGAGGAAAAGGACAUGGAGGUGGUCCUGAAGGUGCGGUCUGACGGGCCUGAACUGCAGAUCUUCUUGCGCGAAGUCAAGGAGCAGACGGACUUGACGUUGCGUGUGAAGAGUGAUUCGUCGCUGCUGCAUGACGCGGACGACCCAACGAACCCAGCGACGUACGUUCUCGCGGGGGCCGUGUCCCCUGUCGUGUACCAAAAGCUCGCGGAAAGUUGCGGAUUGCGUAAACGCACGACCAAGGGAAAGUGGGUGCAUGUGGACGAGGCGAACCACAAGGAAUUUCUCGACGAGUCCGUUCCUCUAGACGCUGACGCUGACGCCACCGCCGCCGCCUCCUCGGGUGUUAUUCCCUUUACGUCGGGGGAGAAGAUCGACUUGAUCUUGUACCAGCUCAGUCAAGUGCGCGUGCUGCUCCAUCCAUCCGAAUCGUCCACCGUCCUCGCCAAUGGCGACCUGUUGUUCCAAAAGUUGCAGGAAAAGCGCGUGAUUCUAUCGUCGUUCGCGCUGCACAACGCCGCGGAGCGCAAGGCGUUGAUGGAGACGUGGGUCAAGCACCUCGUUCCGUUCGCCAAGGCACCGAUCCACGACAUCCGCGACUACUGCGGCGUCGAAGUGGGCUUUUACGUGGCCUUCCUCGAGCAUUACACGCGCUGGCUCGUGUACCCCGCGGUCGUGGGCGCGCUUGUGUACUUAUAUCAGCUCCAGUACGGCCUGCACAACUUUGCGACAGCAUUUUAUGCGUUGUCUGUGACGACGUGGGCGGCGGCGUUCGUGGAGGCGUGGAAGCGGCGGGAGAGCGAGCUCGCGUGGCUCUGGGGCCGACCGCUGGCCGAAGACGAGGAUGGCGUGGUGGUGGAGCGGCUGGGGUUUGAAGGACCCGACGAGUACGACGACGUCGACGGCGUCAGGUACAAAAAGUUCACGGACGGCGACCGCUUCAAGCGGUACGCAGUCACGAUGCCCGUGUUGGGCGGCACCAUCGCGUCGAUUGUGCUGCUCAUGCUCGGGUACUUUCAGUUCGAGGCCGCCGUCCGCGCCGCGGUGACCCCCGCGAACGGCUUUGAUGGGCUGUGGGCAUAUGUGCCCAUGGUGCCAUCCGUCUUGUACUCGGCCGCCGUCUUCUUCAUUGACGCCAAGUACGUCCAGCUGGCGCACCGCCUGAACGCGUACGAGAACCACCGGACGGAUGCCGACCACACCAAUGCACUCAUUGUCAAGCUCGUGCUGUUUCAGUUCGUCAAUAACUUUGGCUUGCUGUUUUACAUUACGUUCUUCGUGGGCAACUUUGAACUGCUCCAGAGCACGCUCGGGUCGCUGCUCAUCACUCGAUUGCUCAUUGAAAAUAUUGUGGAAACGCUGAUUCCAUUUGUCAUGUCCAAGUCUGCCGUCAAAGCCAAAGCUGGGCUAGCGGAACAACAGAACAACGCCAGCCUCACUCAGGAACCGUCGGUCAAAGAAGUGGCCGUCGUCAACAAGGUCGACGUCGAAGCGUUGUUGCCCGAGUACGAAGGCACGUUUUUCGACUACUUGGAAUUGUUUUUGCAGUUUGGGUACGUCGUGUCGUAGUUAGUACUAUUAUUAUAAUAUUUCUUCAUUCAACCAAAAAAUGGCAUAUAUAUAUGUUCUAGUCAAAUCACGCUGUUUGCGUCGGCGUACCCGCUAGCAAGUGUGUGCAGUCUGCUCAACAACUUGAUCGAAAUCAAAAGCGACGGGUUCAAGAUCCUCAUGGCGCACCAGCGCUGCCACCGCGACCACCCCGACGGCAUCGGCACGUGGGUGCACGCUUUCACACUGCUGGGGUACGUGGCCGUGGCCACCAACGUGACGAUCGUCGGCUUCAACUCCGGCGUGCUGCAGCGCUUGUACCCGGGUAUCUCGCCGUUUUACACGCUUGUGGCGGUGGUCGUGGUCGAGCACUUGAUCGUGUCCAUCAUGGUGGGUAUCGCCGCCGUCGUGCCCGACGUGCCGCAGCAUGUUGCCGAGGGCCGGCGUCGGGAGCGCGCGGUGGCCCGCAAAAAGAUGCAGCGCGAUGCAGAGUUUGACCAGCGGUCCGCGCGACUGCAGUCAGCUGUGGGGCACAAGGCGUUCUUCGACGAGGCGACUGUGGACGAGACGGAAAUGGGGCGACUGGAGACGGACGAGGCGGCGGGCACGACGACCAUCGCGACCGACAAGUGGCGCAAGUGGGUCGUGGAAGAGAAGAUCCGGCGCCGGGUGCUGGAGAAGGAGAUCUCAACCAUGAACGCCAUCUACACGGCAUGGAUCGACGCCGAAAAGGACAAGGCGCGGCGGCUCCAGGCGGAACUGGAUGCCCUCACCACGAAAAAGACAGCGUAAAACUACUGAUUUGCAUCGGUCGAUUGUGCAUUUUGAAUAGAAAAGGAUGUUUGUGACACUA